AUGGAGCAGUUCCACGACAGGGACCACGUGCGGCUGCGGAGCCGCGUGCACGGCACGUACCUCCACGCCGAUGAGGACGGGAGGGGCGUCUCCCUGCAGCCGACCGGGGCAUCGCUCACCGCGGUUUGGACGGUGCACCUGGAGGGCGGUAGCCCCCAGCGCCGCCUCCUGCUCCACAGCGCCGCCUACGGCCGAUACCUUGCGGCCACAGGCAAGCCGGGGCCGAGCGGCCUCCGUGGCCACCGUGUCGCGCUUAUCAACCUCGACCGGCUGGACGACGAGUCCGUGUCGUGGGAGGCGGUUCGGACGGCGAAAGGAGAUGACGUGCUGCUCCGGCACGCCACGGGGCGCAACCUACGCGCCAACCAUGGCGCUGGCGCCACCGUUGACGAUAGAUACAGCAGGAUGCUGCUCUGGGUGGACCAGGUGGUUGAGGCCAUCCCCUCGGCAGAUUCCGUACCCAGGCCUCCACCGAUCUCAAGGAGUUAG